AUUUAUCCAUAUAUUUACAUAUUCAUUUUAAGUCAUUCAUUCAUUCGUAAUCGUGUGAGUAAAUUAAUUUUUAUGAUUUUUGCUACUGGAACGGAAUCGAUAGUGGAAAUUUUUAAACUUGGAUUAAAGGAAAUCUACUAGGCAGACAACAUUUCACAUCUAUUCCCCAAAUUUGUUACAAAUACGCGUGCGCCAUUUCCUACGAACUAUCCAACUGUUGUCUCUCGCUCCACCCCAUCCCUGGAAGAAUUCUACUCAUUAAAUCAGGUAAUGUAAAACGUGUGUCAAAUUAUAUGACAAUUUCUCUGGUUUCCCACGACUUCUUACGGUGAUAUGCCCAAGGACAUAUUUUAUUUAAUUCUACUAGCUACAGGGCAAAAAAAUCUACGCCCGUUUCUCAGCGUGUCGAAUCAGGCGUGUUGUUCUUGGUCGACAACUGUCAAUUCCUGUGCUUUCAUUUAGCGACUUACGAAUGUUCGGUUGCAGGCUGUAUAGCUCGUUUGGAUCAGGUGUUAUGGAUUUAUCAAUCGUAGUUUCAGCGCUGAAUAGGAUUGCUCCAAUAAGAUUGGCGGCAGAAUGGGACAACGUUGGCCUGCUUGUUGAACCCAGUUCACCUCAUCUAGUGCAGCGUAUAAUUCUUACAAAUGAUCUAACCUUGAACGUUUUGCAAGAAUCAAUAGACCACAAUGUCAACAUGAUUGUGUCAUACCAUCCACCGAUUUUCAAGCCUAUGAAAAAACUUACAGAAAAUCAUUGGAAAGAGAAAAUUCUCAUAAAGGCCAUAGAAAAUAGAAUCGCGAUCUAUUCACCUCACACUGCGUCUGACGCAGUCCAGGGUGGUGUCAACGACUGGCUUGCAACAGGUCUAGGUGAAUUAACAAGCACUCGACCAAUUACUGCGAACAAAUUUGUAAACUAUGGUGGCUUGCUAUUGUGCAAAAAGGCUGAUGAACAAUUGUUCAUUGCACCUGUUGAAAAUUCUAAAAAGCCUUCUCCUCCUACAAAGUUUUCAACAGAAAAUGGAACUUUGAUGCAACUUGAAAGUGAACAAGUUUGUCAGGUUGCUGACAUUGUAAGGACUCGUGGCAUUUCAGAUAGAAAUGUACAAUUCUUUCCAGCAUCACAAUUACCGAAUUCUGGUACUGCUACUGGGGCAGGUAGAAUUUGUGUUCUGCGUAAGCCAAAUACUAUGAAGAAUGUCAUUGAUAAUAUCAAGGCGCAUCUUAACUUGGACCAUGUAAGAUUUGGGUUGGGUGCAGGAAAGAGUCUGAAUGAUUUAAUAUCAACUAUUGCUAUAUGCGCUGGUUCUGGAGCUAGUGUCCUUACUGGUGUUAAAGCAGACUUGUAUUUGACAGGAGAAAUGUCCCACCAUGAGGUCCUAGAGGUCACACAAAAGGGUGGAAGCGUUGUUCUAUGUGAGCAUAGCAACACUGAGAGGGGUUAUUUACAAGUUCUCAGAACUAAGCUUCAUGAAAUUCUUGGUGAGGACAAUCUAACCAUUACUAUUUCUCAUCUUGACAAGGAUCCCCUGGAAAUAUUGUAAUUUCAUUUUUGUAGACCAGUAGCCAAUAGUAUCAUGUUUAAUUUUACUAGCAUUGAGGCGGUGGAAAGACUGUAGCUUAAAUUAUAUAAUUAAAAGUAAAACUGUUAUAGACAUGUAACUAACCAAAAAAAAAUUGUGACAACUUCUCCCCAUAGGAACACAGAACUUCUGAACUUGGAAAAGCUGACAUCUAAAGCCCUUAUCCCACACUGAAUAAAUCAAAAUCUUCAAAAAUGUA